GCUGGGAAUGAAGGUGUGCACCUCCAAUGCCUGCUCUGUUCUUUUAUUCUUCCCUCCCUUUCUUUGUUUUCCCAGAUGUCCCCCUUCUAGUUCUUUGAGAUGUUCUUGCUUUUUUUCUUCCCUGAUGUUCCCUUUACAACUCUCCUUAUUCUUAUUUUUCCUAUUUUUAUUUUCCUCUUAUUACUGUUAUACCUAAGACAAAAAUUCCAUUCUUUUUUCUUUUUUACUUCAUAUGAGUGCUCUGUCUGUAUGUACAUCAGUUUACUGUCUUUUGGCUCUCAGAUGCUCUCAGCGAAUUAAUUCCUUCCUGAGCAUUUCUCCCUUCUGCUCCUCCCUAGCUUUCUGAUAGUCCACCCACAUCUGAGAAAGCAGCUGGAGGCUGUGGGUGGAGACAAGUGGCUCCUGGCCAAAGGACAGCCCUUAGCUGGCACCCCAUAGGCCUGUGGAGAGCAGCAGGCGGAGUUUGCUGCCAUUUAUGGUGUGCCAGAGGCACACCGGUUGGCUGUGGCUAUAGAAGCGGGUGUCUUCACACCAGGUCAGAGUUGUGGGCAGAGACCUGAGCGGGUUGAUUCUGAGAGCCUGGUGAAUGGGGAAAUAAUGGAGCCAGGCGCUAAGGCCAUUAUGUUUGAGGACGUGAGCGGCCUGUCCUUGUCCAUCAGCUGGAACAACAAUGAUCUGCUGGAGACGACAGAUGAAGAACAACAAGGACAAUGUCUCAGAAUCAUCUCCCCCGUGUCUCCUGCUGGGCUUCACUGCUGCUGUGCAGUGAUCAUUGUCCUCACUGUAGCUGUGAUUGCACUUUCUGUUGCUCUGUCACUGUCAGGGAGAAAGGAAGAAAAGGCCAUUGUGAGCCCUGAAGCUGCCUAUGCUGCCUGCCCAAGAGACUGGAUUGGAUUUGGAAGUAAAUGUUUUUAUUUUUCUGAACACACAAGUAACUGGACAUUCAGUCAGACCUCCUGCAUGCAGCUGGGGGCCCAUCUAACUCAUUUUGACAGUCUGGAGGAACUGAAUUUCCUGCAUAGAUACAUGGGGGAAUCGGCCACCUGGAUCGGCCUGCACAGAGAGUCAUCAGAGCACCCUUGGAUGUGGACAGACAACACUGAAUAUAACAACUUGGUUCCCAUCCGCGGAGACGGACAACAUGCCUACUUGACUGACAGAGGGAUCAGCAGUGGCAGGAAAUACAUACGUAGGAGGUGGAUUUGUAGCAAACCCUACAGCUAUACUUUACAAUGUCCAGGAGUCUCACAGCUUGUGUAGAGAGUGUGUUAAAGUAGUUGUGAGAGGCCUGUAACAUGUUAUCUACAGCUAUAGCCUCAUUUCUUUAUCUUAUAUAAUUAUCAAAAUCAACACCUAAUCUGUGGUGAGAUCAGAGUUAACAACUAUCACAGAGAAUUAUACUUACAGGGACUUGGGAGACUAUGGGUGAUUCUAAAUUAAAUAAGUGUUCACUAUGGGUGUGUACUCACAUCAUAAACCUGAAUUACAAUCAUAUCAUCCAGUAAAAUAACAUUUCUCUGUGUUCUAUUCAUAGUUCAUUCAGUUCCCCCUUUGUUUCAAUCCAUUUUAUUUCAGAUAAACAGUGUGACACUCUUUCUCAAAUAAAUAAAUAUUUUGGCCUAUAGAAA